GCGGCCGCGCCCAUUUCCUCCGUUCAGCUCCGCUCGCCCCGGCCGGUGGGAUCCGCAUCGGCGCCUCCGGGGUGUUCGCCGCGGCAGCUCGCUGACCCACAGUGCGCGGCUCUGGCCAGGUGGCCGCGACCUCUCGGCGCGCUCCGGGCCCACUGAGCGGUUGGCAGCCCGGCUGCCCGCAUGGACGCGGCGCUGAAACGGAGCCGCGCGGAGGAGCCGGCCGAGCUCCUGCCGCCUGCCCGGGACGGGGAGGAGGAGGAAGAAGUGGGGAUGGAACAAGAGCUGGAGGAGGAAGAAGAGGUGGACCCCCGGAUACAGGGAGAACUGGAGAAGUUAAAUCAAUCCACAGAUGAUAUCAACAGACGGGAGACUGAACUUGAGGAUGCCCGUCAGAAGUUCCGCUCUGUUCUGGUUGAGGCGACGGUAAAACUGGAUGAGCUGGUAAAGAAAAUUGGCAAGGCUGUGGAGGACUCAAAGCCCUACUGGGAGGCACGGAGGGUGGCGAGGCAGGCUCAGCUGGAAGCUCAGAAGGCCACACAGGACUUCCAGAGGGCCACAGAGGUGCUCCGUGCUGCCAAAGAGACCAUCUCCCUGGCAGAGCAGCGGCUGCUGGAGGAUGACAAGCGACAGUUUGACUCUGCCUGGCAGGAGAUGCUGAAUCACGCCACUCAGAGGGUUAUGGAGGCGGAGCAGACUAAGACGAGGAGUGAGCUGGUGCACAAGGAGACUGCAGCCAGGUACAAUGCCGCCAUAGGCCGCAUGCGGCAGCUGGAGAAGAAGCUCAAGCGAGCUAUCAACAAGUCCAAGCCUUAUUUUGAACUCAAAGGAAAGUACUACGUGCAGCUUGAGCAACUGAAGAAGACAGUGGAUGAUCUACAGACCAAACUGACCCUGGCAAAAGGAGAGUACAAGACAGCCCUGAAGAACCUGGAGAGGAUCUCAGAUGAGAUUCACGAGAGGCGGCGCUCCAGUGCCAUGGGGCCGCGGGGCUGCGGUGUGGGGGCCGAGGGCAGUAGCACCUCUGUAGAGGACCUGUUGGGGAGCAAGCCUGAGCCAGAUGCUGUUUCUGUGGCCUCAGAGGCCUUUGAAGAUGACAACUGUAGCAACUUUGUGUCUGAAGAUGACUCGGAAACCCAGUCUGUGUCCAGCUUUAGUUCAGGACCAACAAGCCCGUCUGAGAUGCCUGACCAGUUCCCUGCAGUUGCAAGGCCCGGCAGCCUGGAUCUGCCCAGCCCUGUGUCCCUAUCAGAAUUUGGGAUGAUGUUCCCAGUGUUGGGCCCUCGAAGUGAAUGCAGUGGGGCCUCCUCCCCUGAAUGUGAGAUAGAACGAGGAGACAGGGCAGAAGGAGCAGAGAAUAAAACAAGUGACAAAGCUAACAACAAUCGAGGUCUCAACAACAGCAGUGGCACUGGUGGCAGGAGUAAGAGCCAAAGCAACACCUCCUCUGACGGCCAAGUGUUGGAGACCCAGAUGAAGCACCUCUCCCUCCAGUGCUCAAAGGGAAGAGACGGAAUUAUUGCUGACAUAAAAAUGGUGCAGAUUGGCUGAUCCAUCCAGGACUAUGGCCCAUGUGCAAAUCAGUUUAUAUACCAAACUCAGAACAUUGUGCCAAUAAUCAUUUAACAUAUGCCAACUCUUAAACAUUUACUCUAAACUGCAUUAACCAAGUUUCAGUGACCUUGACGGGGUAAAGAAUUUCCCUCUGGUAAGAACUCUUGGGCUGGUAUGUUUUUCAGAGCAGAGUCGUUGCAGGCAGGCUGUGAGCAGUAUCACAGACUUGUGGGACAUUCCUUGUAACGGCGUUGUAGAAGCAAUAACUAGUUCCUAUGAAAGAACCGAGCCAGGAAGAGGGCUGGAAGGUUAGCCAAACUGGGGGCCACAGCCUGCAUCUCUUUCACUUUUUUACCCUCAGUCUCUGGCAACUGAGGUGUUUUCCCCAGCACAUCCCAGGACACCUAAAA